UAGUGGGACAAGUAGUACGCGGUGCUCAGCACCCCGCGAUUCCACGUCAGUAGUAUCCGCAUAUUCAGCCAGUAUGUCCUCCGGUACAAAGCCCUUUCUGCUCUACACAGGAGCUACACCAAAUGGUCACAAGGUCUCCGUCUUCCUCGAGGAACUGAAGGUAGCCUAUGGUGGCCCGGAGUAUGACGUCUUUCCCAUCGACAUCAGCACGAACAUCCAGAAGGAACCGUGGUUCAUUAAGCUGAAUCCGAACGGGCGUAUCCCAGUGCUCGUCGAUCGCUCCAGGAACAACUUCGUCGUCUUUGAGACCGCGGCGAUCCUGCUUUACCUCCAGCAGCAUUAUGACAAGGAGGGCAAGUUUGGCUUCGACCCGAUCAAGGAUCCUGACAACUAUAGCGAGACGCUGCAGUGGAUCUUCUUCGCGCACGGCGGUGUCGGUCCUAUGCAAGGCCAGUCGAACCACUUCAACAGAUACGCUCCUGUAGACCUUCCUUACGCCAAGAAGCGCUACAUCGAUGAGACGAAGCGUCUUUACGGCGUGCUUGAGAUCCGCCUCUCCCAAGAUCGUGACUGGUUGGCUGGUCCUGGACGUGGCAAGUUCAGCAUUGCAGACAUGAAUGUCAUGCCGUGGAUUGCUGGCCACAAGUGGGCGAUGGUAGAGAGCUUGGACGAGUUCCCGCACCUUAAGGACUGGUUGGCGAGAGGUCUGGCACGUCCAGGUGUCAAGGCCGGUAUGGCAGUGCCGUGAGGAUCGACUUAAUCAAAGUGUGGCAUUUGGAGCAUAAUGUAGUUGUAGCAAAGCGUCUUCAUGAGAUCGUCGCGCCCGGUGCGAGAUGAACGUUGCGGGGACAUUAUAA